CAGCGACAAAAUGCCAGGAGUCUUUUUGAUCACUCUACUACUACUCUUUUAAACCGUUCUCACACGCUUUCGAGUAAUUAAAGAAAAAAUGGUGCUCACUACUCGUCGCGCUGGUCUGUGCCUUGCCUUGCUGGGAUUGAUGGCUUUAACCGCUGAUGCCCACGUCGUUUUCACCACUGAUGAAACUUUGCCUGGUGUGCAACUCAACACGUCUCUAGCUGUUGGUCACGGCUGUGAUGGCUCUCCCACUGUUGAAUUGUCCGUUUCUGUUCCUGAUCAGAUCACCUCUGUUGAGCCCCAAGAAAUCGAUGGUUGGAACUUGACCCUUAUUCACCGCAAUGGCUCAUCAGGCCCUAUAAGCAACUUUACCUGGGUGGGUGGACCUUUGGAAGAUACGUCUUAUCAAGCCUUUGGUGUGCUUAUUCAAGUACCCGAUAUCGAUGUGAGCCAGCAAAACGUCACAUUGUACUUCCCUGCCGUUCAACGCUGUGAGAACGGAACCAGAGAGUGGGUCUUCGAAGGUGACGAUGCAGCCUCUGAAGCUGCCGGUCAAUCGCCUGCUCCCGCACUUACCAUCACCAGCACCCCAUCUUCACCUGAAGAUGAUGGUCACUCGAGCGGCGACGACAGUUCUUCGCGCGAUGAUGAAAGCGGCGCCCAGCAGUUUUUCGGUUUGUCUGCAGCCGUUUUGGCUAGUGCCAUCGGUGCCGCCUACCAGCUUUUGUAAAAGAAAAUCAAAGGAGACGCUGCACACACAUAUCAAUUAAAUAUAUCUCUUCUCAAGUUGCCUCUUGUCUCAUUAUAGACAAGUGAAUAUUAUCAUAUAUACAUAUUGCGCAUCAUUACUAUUAUUGUGUUUAUCUAACUCCUGUAUCAUCUAACGUACUAUCCGUGUACCAUGACUUUUCUCUGGCUACACUUUAAAUAUAUAUUAUAUAACAUGUUUAACUUUA